AUGGACAUUGUUCGCGAUCCUACUAUUCUACAAUAUCUAUCUGAAACAAGUCGAUUGGUAAAUAAUGAAAUUAACAUUAUUUCUGUGCCUGCCAUUGAUAAUCUAUCGGCCUUAGAAGAAUGUGGUAUCAAGCAUAAAUUCAAACGACGAAUUAACAUAAGCGAUGAAACUGGAAAUAUUCGAUAUCGAACUUUUAUUCUCGAUGGCAUAAAGUUGCAUGAAGGAAAAUGGUAUUUUUGUGUUAAACUUUCACUAGGUGGAGCAGCACAAAUUGGCUGGGCAACAAAUGCAUUUAAUCCAGUUCAAAAUGAAAGCUAUGGUGUUGGUGAUGAUAGAUUUUCAUGGGGUUUCGAUGGAGCAAGAGGAGUUUAUGAUUGUAAUCGACGUAGUAUGUUUUUUCGUGAAAAUGACUGUGAUGAAAAGGACGUAUGCGGCUGUGGUAUUGAAAUCGAUGGUAAAAAUACGAAUAUCCAAUAUUGGCUAAAUGGUAGUGCUUUAGGCCCAUUGUUUUCAACUUCGGAUAAUGAAACAAUUAAAUCAGGAAUGAAAGCAAAUUUAUUACCAAAAGGCAUUUUUGCUAGCUAUUUUCCUGUUGUGACUGUAAAAGUCUAUCGCAAUGUGGCUCAUACAGGUGUUUUUGAAUUUAUACUUAGUUCAGAAGAUAUGAUACAAUGUCCUCUGACAAAAGGAUACAAACCAUUACUAAUGCCAAAAUUAUUGCCAAUGGAAAAUGUACUCGUAGCACACCCUUAUAGUGCAUAUAUUAUGGGUAAUGAUAUUCAACAAUAUUUCUAUACGAGUCGUUGUUCAAAGAAUGAUUUCACUGGCAAGAAAACUUCUUUGCCACGUGAUUUUGUUAAUAAUGAACAUUUUGAAGUUCCCUUUGAUAUCGAUAUGAUAACAAAAGAUGACUAUCUAUUGAAACUAUCCGAAGAGAGUGAUGACUUCCUAUUGUCACUUGAUAAUCAUCAAUCAUUCACUAUUAAUUUUGAUUUUGAGAUUAGCGCGACAGAAAAUCGUCCUAACGAAUUUGAUGUUGUCUUGUUUACGUUAGAUGACACAAUGUUUUCUACUCGCGUCUGUAUGAAUGAUGAUUUUAUCGAUGAAACCAUGAUAAAUCGAAAACGUGUUGCUAUUCUAUUUCAAAUAAACGAACAAGUAAAAGUCUAUAUUAACAAUAGGUUUCAAACAUUGGAUUAUUGUUACGAUUUUGAUUCAAAAUUGAAUCUACAAUUUUUACUACGUCUAAAUGCUGGAAUUCGAAAUUUAGGCAUAUGGAAAUAUAUAUUAUCGGAAGAACAUAUUCGACGUCUUUUUACAUAUGGUCUCGCGUAUGUUGCCAUCGAUUAUCAGAAAUUAAAUGAAUAUAAAAAACAACGAAAUGCCAUUAAAUUCAAAGCAGAACAAAAAUAUUUUACUAAUGAAACACUCGUUCCAUUCAGUGAACCAUUUAAACAAGAUCUAUGGGAAGAAACAAAACAAUCGAUUGGUCGCGAUGAGUCGAACUAUUUCAAGGCUAUCCCACACAUGAAUGAAUCCGUUGUUCAACUCUUCGGAAAUACAACUUAUUUAGUUUUAAAUACUACAAAUCAAGUAUGGUCUGAAUAUGCAUUGGUUUUAGAUAUUUCUAUACCAAAUUUUCCAUUAGCAAAAGACCUAUCCGAUAGCGAUGCUCGGUUGACUUUACUAACCAUAAACGCAGAGUCUGAAAUCUAUCUAACUCAUGACGGUUAUCUUCAUGUAACUGGAGGUCAUCAAAGUUCAUCUACAGUGCUAUUGAACAAAUAUAUUCGUUUAUUUAUUUCUGUUCAACAAAACUCUCUUUAUAUCUAUGUCAAUGGUUCGUUAGAAAUCGAUAUAUCACUUAGUGAUGGUCAAUUAGCAACGAAAUUGAAACGUAUUGAUCUAUUUCAAGGGUUAGAUGUAACUAAGAACACUACCAAUGACGAUCAACUACGCAUUGAAUGUCGAUCAAUAACAUAUUUUAAUAAAUCAAGUCAUAUUCUUUCUGCAGCACUGAAAAAAUUAAUCCAAUCAACUGGAUAUUGUUUAGAUCAACUAGUUGUACCUCCGUUUAGCAUUCUAUCAGCAAGUCUCAUCGGUAUUGGUUGCAAAGAAGAAUCGAUUGAAUACGUCAUGAAAAAAUAUAACACAACGAAUAUUUAUUUCAUCGAUAGGAUUCUACGAGAAGAAACUCAAAAUAUCGACAAGAUAUUUCAACAAGAGCAGCAACAAAAAAGACGUGAUGUUUUAGCACGAUUGAGUCCGUAUGAUGAAAAUGGAGCAUUGUCUAUGUUAAUGGAUACCAACGAUGUUACAACUGAUGUAUCAAUAUCAACAUUGAGAUCUGAAAUAGACAACAAUGAUGAUGAUGAUAUACCAUCAGAUAAAAAAUGGUAUUAUGAUACGACUAAUCAAGUAACAACAGUUGGAUAUCCUGGAUAUGAACUUAUUGAUUUAACAAAAGCAGAUUCUGGCGAAACAGAAUUUACUAAUAAAUUCAAGAACACUAUGACAACAAAAUCACAUUAUGUACAUCGACAAAUACCACGAAAAACCUAUAUUCAUUCGCGUACAGUUUGUGUAUAUGGGCUCAUAGCAAUCUAUGCACGUUAUACAAUAUGGAAUAUAUUAAAAAUCUGA